AUGAAAGGAGCUUCAGGUUGGCUCGAACCAGGCCACUUCAAUGACGCGUUUUGCCCCACUGGCGCAUUUCGUCCAGCCCCUGGGCUUGUCCUUGGUGCCGGCCUCUUGGGGGCCUGGUCCUUUGUGCCGGCCUCUAGGGGCCUGGUCCUUGGUGCCGGCCUCUCAGGGCCUGGUCCUUGGUGCCGGCCUCUCAGGGCCUGGUCCUUGGUGCCGGCCUCUCAGGGCCUGGUCCUUGGUGCCGGCCUCUUGGGGCCUGGUCCUUGGUGCCGGCCUCUCGGGGGCCUGGUCCUUGGUGCCGGCCUCUCGGGGGCCUGGUCCUUGGUGCCGGCCUCUCAGGGCCUGGUCCUUGGUGCCGGCCUCUCAGGGCCUGGUCCUUGGUGCCGGCCUCUCGGGGGCCUGGUCCUUGGUGCCGGCCUCUCAGGGCCUGGUCCUUGGUGCCGGCCUCUCAGGGCCUGGUCCUUGGUGCCGGCCUCUCAGGGCCUGGUCCUUGGUGCCGGCCUCUCAGGGCCUGGUCCUUGGUGCUGGCCUCUCGGGGCCCAGUCCUUGGUGCCGGCCUCUCAGGGCCUGGUCCUUGGUGCCGGCCUCUCGGGGCCUGGUCCUUGGUGCCGGCCUCUCGGGGGCCUGGUCCUUGGUGCCGGCCUCUCGGGGGCCUGGUCCUUGGUGCCGGCCUCUCAGGGCCUGGUCCUUGGUACCGGCUCUCGGGGCCUGGUCCUUGGUGUAGGCCUCUCAGGGCCUGGUCCUUGGUGUAGGCCUCUCAGGGCCUGGUCCUUGGUGCCGGCCUCUCAGGGCCUGGUCCUUGGUGCCGGCCUCUCAGGGCCUGGUCCUUGGUGCCGGCCUCUCGGGGCCUGGUCCUUGGUGCCGGCCUCUCGGGGCCUGGUCCUUGGUGCCGGCCUCUCAGGGCCUGGUCCUUGGUGCCGGCCUCUCAGGGCCCGGUCCUUGGUGCCGGCCUCUCGGGGCCUGGUCCUUGGUGCCGGCCUCUCGGGGCCUGGUCCUUGGUGCCGGCCUCUCGGGGCCUGGUCCUUGGUGCCGGACUCUCAGGGCCUGGUCCUUGGUGCCGGCCUCUCGGGGCCUGUUCCUUGGUGCCGGACUCUCAGGGCCUGGUCCUUGGUGCCGGCCUCUCGGGGCCUGGUCCUUGGUGCCGGCCUCUCGGGGCCUGGUCCUUGGUGCCGGACUCUCAGGGCCUGGUCCUUGGUGCCGGCCUCUCGGGGGCCUGGUCCUUGGUGUCGGCCUCUCAGGGCCUGGUCCUUGGUGCCGGACUCUUGGGGCCUGGUCCUUGGUGCCGGCCUCAGAUCCCAGUCCUUGGUGCCGGACUCUCGGGGCCUGGUCCUUGGUGCCGGCCUCUCGGGGCCCAGUCCUUGGUGCCGGCCUCUCGGGGCCUGGUCCUUGGUGUACAGAGGCCGCAUAUUUGGGUGA